CAGUAGUGACGUGGCCGGUAGCAACGCGUUCGGUAGCAACGCGUUUGGUGCGCGCGUCCCGACGGCCACCGUCCGUGUCCACGUCAGCCGGAGGUGGGCGAGCGGCUCCGGGCCGAGGGCGAAUUAACUGCCAUCUUGGGGUACCCUACAAACGCUGCCAUCAUGACGGCUGCUGAAAAUGUCUGCUAUACUCUCAUAAACGUCUCCUUGGACUCUGAGCCUCCUAAUGAAAACAGUCUGAAAGUAGACUUGGAGAAGGGAGACGUGAAGACCAAAACCGAUGCAUUGAAAAAAGUGAUCAUCAUGAUUCUGAAUGGAGAGAAGCUCCCUGGACUACUCAUGACCAUUAUUCGGUUUGUGUUGCCGCUUCAGGAUCACACCAUCAAAAAGCUGCUGCUUGUCUUUUGGGAGAUUGUCCCUAAAACUACAGCCGACGGCAAGUUGCUGCAGGAGAUGAUACUUGUGUGUGAUGCCUACAGAAAGGACCUGCAGCACCCAAAUGAGUUUAUUCGAGGGUCCACUCUGCGCUUUUUAUGCAAGCUGAAAGAACCAGAGCUUUUGGAGCCUCUGAUGCCAGCUAUUCGCGCCUGCCUGGAACAUCGGCACAGUUAUGUACGCAGAAACGCUGUGUUGGCCAUCUACACCAUAUACAGGAACUUUGAAAACCUGAUUCCCGAUGCUCCCGAGUUGAUUCAUGAUUUCCUGGUGAAUGAAAAAGAUGCCAGUUGUAAACGGAAUGCUUUCAUGAUGCUUAUUCAUGCCGAUCAGGACCGAGCUCUGGAUUACCUGAGUACAUGCAUUGAUCAGGUUCAUACCUUUGGAGACAUUCUGCAAUUGGUUAUAGUUGAGCUGAUUUACAAGGUGUGCCAUGCCAAUCCCACAGAGAGAGCCCGCUUUAUUCGCUGCAUCUACAACCUCCUCCAGUCCUCCAGCCCUGCAGUAAAGUAUGAAGCCGCAGGAACUUUAGUCACGCUCUCCAGUGCUCCGACUGCCAUCAAGGCUGCUGCUCAGUGCUACAUUGACUUGAUUAUUAAGGAGAGUGACAACAAUGUGAAACUGAUCGUUCUUGAUCGUCUGAUUGAACUUCGGGAGCAUCCCACCCAUGAGAGGGUGCUACAGGACUUGGUGAUGGAUGUGCUGCGAGUUCUAACCACGACUGAUUUGGAGGUUCGCAAGAAAACGCUACACUUGGCACUGGAUCUCGUUUCGUCACGGAAUGUUGAAGAGCUUGUCAUCGUUUUAAAGAAAGAAGUUAUCAAAACAAACAACGCGUCGGAGCAUGAAGACACUGACAAAUACCGUCAGCUUCUGGUCAGAACGUUACAUUCGUGCAGCAUCCGUUUUCCUGACAUGGCAGGAAAUGUAAUCCCAGUGCUGAUGGAGUUCCUCAGUGAUAGCAACGAGGCCGCCGCUGCAGAUGUUCUGGAGUUUGUGCGGGAAGCCAUCCAGAGGUUUGAAGCUCUUCGUUCACUCAUCGUCGAGAAAAUGUUGGAGGUGUUCUACGCCAUCAAAUCUGUCAAGAUUUAUAGGGGAGCUCUCUGGAUUUUGGGCGAAUAUUGCAGCUCUCAGGAAGACAUUCAGAGUGUCAUGACUGAAGUUCGCCGAUCAUUGGGUGAGAUUCCAAUUGUCGAUUCUGAGAUAAAGAAGGAAACCGGCGAGCCGAGGAUGGAUGAUGAUGUUCAAGUGGUUCCAACACAAAAACUCGUGACAGAGAUGGGAACCUAUGCAACCCAGAGCGCUCUUAGUGCAAGGCCUUCCAAAAAAGAUGAAGAUCGACCACCUCUCCGUGGAUUCCUGCUGGAUGGUGAUUUCUUUGUGGCCGGUGCCCUUGCUACUACACUGACCAAGAUAGCUUUGCGUUAUACGGCACUCGUUCAGGAUAAAAAGAAACAAAAUACUUUUAUUGCGGAGUCAAUGCUAAUCAUGGCCACCAUUUUACACCUGGGUAAAUCGUCUCUGCCGAAGAAACCCAUCACUGACGACGAUGUCGACCGCAUCUCGCUCUGCCUCAAAGUUCUCUCUGAGUGUUCCCCGCUGAUGAGUGAUAUCUUCAAUAAAGAAUGCAGAAAGUCCCUCUCUCAAAUGCUGUCAGCCAAACUAGAAGAAGAGAAACUGUCUCAGAAGAAACAGUCUGAGAAGAGAAACGUGAUGGUGCAGGCAGACGAUCCCAUCUCCUUCAUGCAGCUGAUGGCCAAGAAUGAAAUGUCCUCCAAAGAGGACCAGUUCCAGCUCAGCUUGUUGGCAGCAAUGGGUAACACACAACGAAAGGAAGCUUCCGACCCCCUGGCUUCCAAGCUCAGCAAGGUUACACAGUUGACUGGUUUCUCAGAUCCAGUUUAUGCAGAAGCCUAUGUACAUGUCAAUCAAUAUGAUAUUGUACUUGAUGUACUUGUGGUCAAUCAGACCAGUGACACGCUUCAGAACUGCACUCUGGAACUAGCCACGUUGGGCGAUCUUAAACUCGUUGAGAAGCCUUCACCGCUAACACUUGCUCCACACGAUUUUGCUAACAUCAAGGCAAACGUCAAAGUAGCUUCAACAGAAAAUGGCAUCAUUUUCGGGAAUAUAGUUUACGAUAUAUCCGGGGCAGCCAGUGACCGCAACUGUGUGGUGUUGAGCGACAUACACAUUGACAUCAUGGACUACAUCCAGCCCGCUCUGUGCACCGACGCAGAGUUCCGGCAGAUGUGGGCCGAGUUUGAAUGGGAGAACAAGGUUACAGUUAAUACGAACAUUACUGAUCUGAAUGAAUAUUUGCAGCAUAUUCUUAAUUCGACCAACAUGAGGUGUCUGACUCCAGAGAAGGCACUUUCUGGUUACUGCGGUUUUAUGGCAGCCAACCUCUAUGCACGUUCAAUAUUUGGAGAAGAUGCACUUGCAAACGUUAGCAUAGAGCGAUCAGUUCACCUGGGAAUUGAUGCUCCUGUGACUGGGCACAUACGCAUUCGGGCAAAGAGUCAGGGAAUGGCUCUCAGUUUGGGUGACAAGAUCAACCUGUCCCAGAAGAAAGUGAAAGCAUAGCGGCUUUGUCAAACAUCCUUUCAGCUUAAAUUAAUGUUAGUUUAAUCCAUCGAUAUCCAAUGUAUCUAAUACAAGAUCAUAGAUGUUAAGUCUCCUGAGGGCACUUGUGAUUGUUCACAUUUCCAUGCAAUGAAGCUUUUAUCAUACAAUUCAAAGACUAUAGAAUCCUUUAAUCUUGUCUUCUGGGCCUUGCUGCAGACGUCUCUUUUACACUAAAGUUUAUCAAUUAUAAUAAAGAU